AUGCAGUCAUUUGUAUUGCUGUUUUUUGGCCUGGUAUCAGCGCAGCAGGCAACGGCUGAAUUCAACUUCUACGCCAAAUAUGAAGAAGCCUCGGUGACUACAACGCUCGGGAUACCAGACCAAUGUUUAUCAGCUCUGAACCAAACCGUCGAUUGUGACGCUGUUAAUGUCGCUCGGGCUGCCAGUGGUGCCGAUGAUGAUUUCUGGUUUAAGGAUAACGUAACUUCGUUAUGUACCGCGGAAUGCUCGAGCGCGCUGUCAACAUGGCUCUCCGACGUGGAGACUCAAUGUGCUGGUCAUCAAAUAAAUACUGACGGUCGUUUCAUUGAACCAUAUACAAUCCCAUUGAGGUACAUUGCUGGCUUCGAUAUGGCUUGCUUGCAGGAUAGAUGGGGUUCCGACCUAUGCUAUGGCGAUGAUCCUCCGCCUCAGUGCGACGACCAAGUCCUUAUGAUCGCGGACGCCACCGCUGAUCCAGAUAGGAUGUCUGUGACCAAUAUGUAUAGCAAGGAUUUGUUUUGCAGUGAAUGUUUUAUACUAAUGUGGAGGCAACGACUGCUUUCGCCUGUUUUGUCCUCCGCAAAACUUGCAGAGUACCUGGUUGACCAGUUCAAUAAGAUUAACUCUGCCUGCUCAGACUUGCCUGGUGCAGCGCCUGCAGUUUUCGGAACAAAUGAAGAACCUACGCCUAAUGAAAAAAGAGCACAUGGAGUCUAUAACGAGGCUGCCACCCCAGCUGUUCCCGUCCAUCCAGGGGCCAUUGGAGACUGUGGCCAAUACUACCACGUGGCUACAGGCGAUACUUGCGGAUCGAUUGCGUCGAACUUGGGGAUUUCCAUCUAUGACAUCAAGCGUUUCAAUACAGAGCUGGAUAGGACAUGCUCCAACCUGUUGGCAGAUCAUGUUAUUUGUAUCGCUCCGAUUGAAAACGAACCAAUUUCUACAGAUGGCAAUUGUGGAGUGGGAUAUGGGACCGUAUGUGAGGGGUCGGAAUUUGGCUCAUGCUGCCAUUCGAAUAAUCGCUGUGGGCCUUGCAAUAUGGGUGAUACAGGUCCAGAAGACGCUUCUCCUAUUGAUACUACGCCCGAUUACCUAGCUCCUGACGAUUCUGCUCCCGGCAUCACUGACCCCGCUGAUCCUUCAACCCCUAUUCCGGCGCCAGACGACUCUAUGCCCAGCAGCACGACUUCCAGCACGACUUUCAGCACGACUUCCAGCAUCACUUCCAGCAUCACCCCUCCGAGUGAUAGUGCUCAGGAUGACUCUGCUACUGGUGACCCAACUUCCGCCAAACCUUCCCAACCAACAGAAACAGGACGUCCCGGAAAUACCACUAUGAGCAUUAGCAUAGAUGGGAAAUGCUCUCUGAAUGUCUCAUGCACAGGAUCCGGUUAUGGUUCUUGUUGUAGCACUAGCGGGUAUUGUGGAACUGGAUAUGAAUGGUGUGGUGUCGGAAAUUGUCUGGCUGGUGCCUGUGAGCAAGAUAAAUCAGGGAUAAGCUUUGACGGAACUUGUGGCCCACGUUCCCCAGAAAAUAGGACUUGUUUUGGCUCAAGAUUUGGUGAUUGUUGCAGUUUAUCGGGAUAUUGCGGUACAGGGCCUGAGUGGUGUGGAUAUGGGAAUUGCCACUCAGGCGCCUGUGAUAGAUCACUGAACGGUGUAAGCACAGAUGGAACUUGUGGUCCCAAAUUCCCUGGCAAUAUGACAUGUAUGGGCAGCUCUUAUGGAGAGUGUUGCUCAACACAAGGAUUCUGUGGGUCUUCGUCACGACAUUGUGGCGCUGCAUCCUGCUAUUCUGGAAAAUGUGAAGACAGUAACAAAGAUGAAGAUGAUAAGGUCCAAGACGAUCCGGAGCAGGACGAUGCAGGCGGGGAGGAUAAGCUCGAGGAAGAUAAAGACUUCGAAGAUAGGGAUGAAGACGCAGAUGCUGUUGAGGAUUAAAAUCAUAGGGAUGCAUAGAAGGUUCCGUUUUGAGAAUAUUGACACUCAUUAUUGACUGCGCAAAAUAUCCACAGGGCGUAUUGUUACCUGAUGAAGGCCAUGGAUGGUGAGAUGGGACGGCUUGACUGUUACCGGUAGCACCCUGCAUAUGGAUCCGGAGAUGGAUUGAAGCAAGGGAAUAUAUCUUGUUAGAAUACACUUCAUAACAUUCUUUUGCUGAGAAUUCAACAUCGCCUUUUUUGC